AUGUCUCAAUCAAAAUUAAAUACAAAAAAUAUUUUAUUUUUAAAUAAUCCAAUAUUUUUAAUUAUUUUCUACCUCAUUCUAAUUCAAUUUUGUUUUGCAUUAAAAUUAAAUAAUCAACAACAAAGACUUGUUAAUUCACAGCUAUUAAAUCAUAAAAUAAAUAUUAGAUCAGAACAAGAAGGAGAAAAGAAUGAACAAAAAAAUGAUAAAUUAAAUUUAAAUAAUAACAAUCUUUUAAGACAAUAUAUUGGGGGAGGGUUAUUUAAUUGUGGAACUAAAUAUGUUGCAAUGCUUCAAAAACUUAAUAAAUUUAUUGAGGUAAUUUUGAUUUUAUUUAAAAUUAUUUAG